AUGACGGCGGCGAUCCUGCCCGCACCUCCUUUUCCGCAGCACGCGCGCGUGACGUGGCACCGACCUUCGGUGGUUGUCAGCUUCGUCCUGGGUCUGAACAUCGUCUUGACCCCGCUCAAGGCGUACUUGUGCGAGUCGUUUCCGUGGCAAAUCGUCGACGCGGCGCCGUCAUCACCGUUCAGUACCUGGGCCGAACGCGAGACGAACCUCCUUGCGUCCUACACGGCCGCGUACAGUACAGAGGUCUUUCGUCCUCAGGCGUCCUACUUCCACGACGUACGAAGCAGUACACACGUCUACCGUGCGGCCGUAUUGCGGCCCCAGCACUUUGCAAGCUGCCGCGUCGACGUCUUGACGACGUUGACAGGAGGCAUCUUUUUCGCACCCGCCAUCGAAGAGACCAUCUGUUCGUUUAUGAUGUCCCCAAAUGCAUCGAUGGUCGGCGGCUGCUUUGAGAGCCGCGUGUUCACGUCGCUCUCAGGCACCAACUGCAUCUGGACGCGGCCCGGCAACGAACUUGCCAACGCUUCGGAUGCACGUUUGUUUACAUAUUACCUCGCGUACCGCCAGAACGCGACCAUGGCGUUCAUGACGGCGAAGCUCUCGUUUCGGCUACUGCUAACUCUCUACUUGGCAUAUUGCCUCUGGCGCAACUACUAUCGCCACGCGAUGACGCUCAUGACGCAGUGUGCGAAGCUGCCAGAGGCUCGCCACUGCAUGCUACUACUCGGCGACCCGACGUCCAUUGCUUUGUUAAAUCCUGUCGUGUCCCUUUGUUUGGCCGUCGACGUCUGGUUGAGCAUCGACACGGUGGCAGCCGAACUUGUCGCGACCGUUCAAGUCGACGAUCUUUGGCAAUUUGCGCUUGGAUGCGUCUAUCUCUCGCGAACGGUAUGGUUUUGUUACGCCUUCUUGGCCGCUGCCUCGUAUUGCAUUCAUCGCAAGCGCUGGGCCCACUGCUUCACCCCUCUCGACCCGACCCUCGUCGCGAUCGCUGCAGCGUUUAUCGCUGGGCCCCUUACCUACUUCCAAGCCCACUCGGGGUUCAUCGAGGCGUACCUGUACCUCUUCUCGCUCGGCGCGUCCGAUCCGAACAGCACUGAAGGCGCGUUUCCCAUUCUUGCACACCCGAAUCUGAAGCGGUCGCCGUGCAUUAGCCAGCGCGGCGCCGACUGCUUUGUGUUUACGUUCGACGCCAACCGUUGAGCUUGAGACUGUCCACGUCGUCACGCGCGCGAGCACGUCGGUCUUUGGUCGAGUCGAACUCACACCGACCGAGGGUCGCGGCAAAAAUGUA